UGGUUGUAGCUAGCACCAUUGAAGCCAAUGUAGCCUAAUAUCUGUGUUUCAGCAGAAUUAUUCUGUUCCAGCUCUCUGUGAAAACACGUAUAAACCUGCGUGCAGGUUUUUAAAAGCCUCACUGGAUUAAAUCCACUCGCGGCACAGAAUGCUGGCUACAGGAGCGGCUGUAACCACAGCACUGGCACAAGUGGACAGAGAAAAGAUCUACCAGUGGAUCAAUGAGCUGUCCAGUCCAGAGACCAGGGAGAAUGCCCUCCUGGAGCUCAGCAAGAAGAGGGAGUCUGUACCGGACCUGGCCCCCAUGCUGUGGCACUCCUGUGGCACAAUAGCAGCCCUGCUGCAGGAAAUCGUCAACAUCUACCCGUCAAUCAACCCCCCGACCCUGACAGCACACCAGUCCAACAGAGUAUGUAACGCCCUCGCACUGCUCCAGUGUGUGGCCUCCCAUCCAGAGACAAGGUCAGCUUUCCUGGCGGCACACAUCCCACUCUUCCUCUACCCGUUCUUACACACAGUGAGCAAAACACGGCCAUUCGAGUACCUCCGCCUCACCAGCUUAGGAGUCAUAGGUGCUUUGGUGAAAACGGAUGAGCAGGAAGUCAUCAACUUCCUGUUGACCACAGAGAUCAUUCCUUUGUGCCUUCGCAUCAUGGAGUCUGGCAGCGAACUCUCUAAAACGGUUGCAACCUUCAUCCUACAGAAGAUCCUCCUGGAUGACACAGGGCUGGCAUACAUUUGUCAGACUUACGAGCGCUUCUCCCAUGUUGCCAUGAUUCUCGGAAAAAUGGUCCUGCAGCUCUCCAAGGAGCCGUCAGCCCGCCUACUGAAGCACGUAGUACGCUGUUACCUCCGUCUGUCAGACAACUCCAGAGCCAGAGAAGCUCUGCGGCAGUGCCUACCCGACCAGCUCAAAGACACCACCUUCGCCCAGGUCCUGAAGGACGACACCACCACCAAGCGCUGGCUGGCCCAGCUGGUGAAGAACCUGCAGGAGGGACAGGUCACUGAUCCCCGGGGCAUCCCGCUGCCCGCGCAGUGACCCCUCUCUGCUCCUCGCCGACCCUAAGGACACCAGCAAAGAACUGCCAAACAAACGAGCCUUCAAUCAUGGACACGGAUGUUUUUACGAAAGACUUUAAAAAGAGGCUGCUGCAGAUUAUUUUUGUGAUCACAUGAGUGAGCAGAUACUCUGAGCCUCUGCACAUCCCUUCCCACGGAUCCAUGGUUUCAAAGACAUUCACAAUUGCUGCCUCGUGUUCUGCAGCUGAUUUACCGAUCUACAAUAAAUCUUUGCACAACAAA